CAGAGCUACAGCCCAAGCUCCCUGACUGCCAGGCUCUCUGGCCUCCCCUCCCACCCCAGGCCUGACCCAGAGUGGGAGGGGAGCAUCUGGAGGAGGGGGAUUCCCCCUGCCCAAUCUUCCUGCCCCUUGACAGUUCGAUGGAGUGGCCUGUACCCCAGAUGACCUGGGUAGGAUUCCUCCUCUGGUUCUUGGGUUCGGGGACCCAGGCCUUUCUGAUCCGUAACCCUGGGCUGAAUGCGUGCGUGCAGGUGGAUCCCCGGGGCGCGGAGCGGGUCUCGCUGGUCCCUUGCCACCCUGAUGCUGAAGCCCAGCAAUGGGGCUGGGACCCGGUCAGUCGAGCCCUCUUCAGCCUGCACGUCCCUGGGUGCCUCGCCAUCGGGGAGGCCCGGGAGUUUGCUGUGGCCCAGUUGAGCCGCUGCGGCGACCACCUCCACCAGGCCUGGGGCUGUUCCCGUAAGGGUCACUUGAGCCUGCAGGGGCUCGGCCUCCACCUCCAUGGAAGGCCCCAUGCCCAGGAGAUCUUUGUUCUUCGUCGGAAGGACAAGUUCAGUCGUUGGAGGGCAGCGCCUGGAAUGGUCAGCGUCUGCUCGGAGACCGCUGGGCCUGGGGGUAGGGACCGCAGUCCUGAGAAGGAGCCGGACCCGCACCGAGCUGAAACCACUGUUUCUCUGCAGCGAAAUGAGGAAGACCUGUCUUCAUGGGACUCUGUAAUAAUAGCAAAUGUCACUUCCACUAGCAACCUCACCUAUACACCUUCUCCAACAUGGGUGGAAGGACCCCUGUUGGCAGAGAGAGGAGCAAAUUGGAAGACAGCUAUGAUGGUCCUGAGCCCACUGGCCCUUGUCCUGGGAGUCUCCAUCCUCACCCUCAAUAUCUGUUAUAACAGGAAAAAGAAAAAGAAGACUCUAUCGGCCCUGGAGAACUAUUCCCAGAGUGGUCCCAGAGCCACAUUACUGCCUAAGGGAGAGCUAUCCCUCGGCCAGGGAGGUCCUGGAACCCCUAAUUCCCCUGCCUCUCCUUCUCCAUCUCUGCAGCAUGGGGAGAUACUGAUCGAGUGGAAAGAUGGCAGCAUCACCCCUCUCUUUGUUCGCCCUGGUCAUCUAAAUAAUUAGUCCAACCUGCAUCUUUCAGUGGGCUGCUUUGUUCCUAAACCUGUCUUGAACUCUACUAUGAGAGAGAGAAGGAGAGAAAGAGAAGAAAGGUGUAGGCCCUGGGGCUUUUCAGAACCUUAGACCCAAGUUCACCUGGGAAACAGAAGUUACUGACUCAGGAGUUUAUUAGGGGGGCAGUGAUGCAGGGCUCAGUGGAUUGAGAGCUAGGCUUGGAGACAGGAGAUCCUGGGUUCAAAUCUGGUCUCCAACACUUCCUAGC